AUGUCCAAACGGUCGUCAGGACUAGUCUGCCAGAUCUGCAAGGAUGUGUUCAGCGAUGACAGCGACGCGUUAGACAAGAACCCACGCGUUCCCCGGAUCUUCGACCAGCGGCCUGAGUGGCGCCAGGCGCUCACCGAGUCGGGAUGCGUCGAGGUGGACAUAUCGGAUCUUGCAACCACGUAUUUCACUAUCCCCUGGCAUUGGAAAUGCUUUGGCUUGGGAAUUGGAAUAAAUGAACACGGCCCCUUCGUUACGGGAGUCGGUCUCCCCAGCUCGCUCCCACAAGAUCCACACGAAUGUACUCUGAUCGGAGACCGAGAUCGAAUGUUAGCGAAGAGUAAACGCGACGUCCACCAGACGGUCUCGCCCAAAAGCGCCACAGAUCAACCGCACCAUUGCGUCUACCUCAUACACCAGCGAUGCUACGCAUUGUCGUUACGGGUUCUUGGGGCGGACCUGGUCGAGGAGUACCCAGUUGCGUUCGCUGAAGCCGCAAAGCAGGUGUGGGAUUCGUAUAUCGCACACUUGAUAGCUCGGUUUCGGUUUCACAAAUACGACGACGAGUUUGAGUGGAAGAAGAUGGGGAGGAAGAAAGGCAGAUAUUAUGAUCUAGUCCUCGACGAUGAGGCAGCCAUUAUUGCGAAAUAUUCAAGGGGCUGGAGGUGCGAUGACAGGGUUUUUGCCUUACGGGACCCCCUCAAGGUGGAUGAGGUUUGGCACAGCAUUCGAGCCGGGGAGAGAGCUUUCCGUGAAGCAUCACAAAGGGAGCGAGCCAUCACACUCGGGCUCCCAUGCCCAGCGACCAGGCGGCGCAGCCGGAGACUACGACCCGCCUUCGGUCUGGAGAUCCCAUGCGAAAUUAUCCUUGAGAUUCUGGACUAUUUUCCGACGAGUCCCGGGUCGCUAUUGGCGAAGACGCUUCAUAGUGGACUUUAUGAUUGA